UUCGCUGAAUUAGUUUUUCAAUUUAGCGGCAAUUAUAUUUCUAUAUUUUACACAUAAUGGUUGAUUUAACCGAUGCCGGCUCACCGUUCCAGCAGUCAAUACCCAAUCUUGCAUUCUAUGUGCCGGCUGUUGUUGUUAUUGGUUUAGCAGAGGCAAUAAACCGUUAAGCAAGCCCCACGUCAACGUAACUUAGUUAAAGCACAAGAAAAUAUGGCAGAAGAUCCACUAAAUCAGCAGGCAUUUGCCGAGGAUGUGGCCGCUGCGGCAGCAGCUGGCGGGGAUCAGGGUUUCGCCAUGCCGCCGGGUUCGGGUCCCGGCUCGCCAGACUUUAAAAUGCCCAGUGCCGAUGAAAUCUGGAAAAUGGUCGAAUCAAUGGAAGGCCUGUCCGACGAUGAACGUGCCGAGCUGCGCGAAAAUAUAUAUAAUCCGAAGCCGCCGUCGCCGGAGGAUUACAUGAGAUACGGACAUCCGGGCCACAGUUCCAGAGAGUAUUUGGUAUUCUUUGUGAUGAUAACGCUCAUACUAAUCGUCUUUGCUCUAUUUGGCUUCAAGCUGUACAAGUCGCUGAUGGAGAAGGAGCUCAAGAAGCGGGAGAAACUCAAGAGCAAACAGCAAAAGAAGACAAAGAAGUCCAAUUGAAUUUUGGGUGCAACGCCCCCCACAUAUUGCCUAUAGCUUCUGAUACUUCCGGCUUGCGAGCAAACCCCGAGCGCAGACGCUGUGCAAUAGAUUCUUAAAAAAUUUAUAUUAAAUUGAAUAUAUAUAUUGCGUUUUUCCUUUAAAUGAUAAUCAAAAUAAAUUCCCUGUAAAUGAAUAA